UAGCUUGGUGCUUUCAUCGUUAGUUUGUUUUUUCUAACAUCAUUUCACCUCUGAGGAUGAGUCCAAUCUGGAUAAUUAUUUUAAUUAUCAACCUAUCUCCAGCUCAAGCUGUGGAUUUUUCCAGACCAUCGUAUCUCUCGGUGAAGUCUGGAGAACAUGUAAUUCUUAACUGCCCUUUUGGAGACAUUCGUAGGACUGAUAGUGUUGUUUGGUACAAAGAAAGCGUUGGAGAAAUGCCUCAAAAAGUGGGAGAAAGAUUAAUAUAUAAGGAUAUUAAAAUGUCUCCGAAAUUCAACACGUCAGGAUAUAAAAUGGAGAUGACUAAUAACGGCAUUUCUUUGAGAAUUUCACGUAUAAAAAAAGAAGAUGAAGGACUUUACUACUGUGGAAAAUGUAUGCUGGAGAAUGUUACGCUAUCGAACGGAACUUUCUUGGCUGUAGCAGAUGACAGAGAUGUAAAAGUGAGUGUGUGGCAGCGCGGCGUGUCGGACUCGGUUCCUGCAGGAGCCUCAGUGACUCUGCAGUGCUCGGUUCUCUCUGAGAGCAGAGCAGCAGAACUCCAAGUGCUCUGGUUCAGAGCUGCUCCACCACAAUCCCAUCCUCAGAUCAUUUACACUCAUCACAACAGCAGCCAUCAGUGUGAGAUCGACUCUUCUACACACACCUGUGUGUACAACUUCUCCAAGAACAUCCUCAGCCUCAAUGAUACUGGAACUUACUACUGCGCUGUGCUCCUGUGUGGGAAGAUCAUCUUCGGGAACGGGACACGAAUACAGAUGGAGAACCUUCCAAAAUAUGGAAGAUCUUUAAGCCCUGAUGUGAUCUACCUCUCAGUAUUGGCAUUGUGUGUGGUUGUGAUCUUCACUCAAGCUUUUAUCAUCUUUAAAAGAAGGCUCUGUGGCCAAUGCAGAGUGAGACAUCAACAGAAUUCAGUGGUAGAGAAAACACCAAAUCAGGUAAAUAACAACAAUGACAAAGAAAAUCUCUCUCAUGAUCCAGAAUACUUAAAGUUCCUUUUCUUUUUUUAUUCUUAUGUUCAUUAUCACAGGGUCAUGAGACGGAGGAGCUGGAUUACUCUGCUUUACAUUUUAAUAAGAAGAAUACCAAAAGAAUAACAAGGAAAAGUGACCAAGCUGCAAAUUGUGUUUAUUCUGAAGUGUUAUACUGAAGUAUACAACCUAGAUUACUAUUAAUCUGAUUAAUGUCUAUCACACAUCUUUGAUCAGGUUUCUCGUGUUUGGUAGUGUUGAAAAGCUUUGCUUGUAAUCAGAGGAGUUUCUGUGAGACGUUUAAAAAAAUGAGUUUGUUCUGAGUAAUCAGUGUAUACUGAGUAAACACCAUGUACUGUAUUUAAGUGUAAGUUCAUCGUGACCUUCUUUUGUCUGGGUUAUUUCAUGCAUCUGGAUUGUAAUCCUAUAAAUAUUAUUCUUACAUUUGUGUCCAGGUUUUCUGAACUGAAAGGUGUUUCUUAAUUUUACAUAUCAUAAAAAUUUAAAUUCAGGAAUUUUAUACUAAUGUUACCUCUAAAAGUGAAAAAGAGAGAAAUUUGCAUUUAAAAGAUUUCAUUCCAAAUAUUGCACAAGAAUGUCACAGGCAAUUUAACUACUGAAAUAUGAUUGCAUUGUUUAGGGUCAGGAGAUAUUUUAUUGCAAUUAUUUAUAGCUAUUCAACAACUUGAUAAAGCCUAGCAUUCGCUGUGUGUGAGAAUAACAGUUGUUUUUGCUAGAGCCAGGACCUCUUCUGUUGUGAAACGAGUAGAAACUGUGAUACAUUAAAGGUGGGGUGCACGUUGUUUGAAAAAUGCUUCAGAAAACUGAGUCGGGCCAACAAACAAAACAAACGGGUAGCCAAUGAGCAGAAAGGGGCGUGUCUUGUCAAUAUGGGCAUGUCUGACAUUAGCAGAAAGCGAUUGAAACAUUGACAUGGUGGAUAAAAAACGAAAAGCAAAAAAAGGCUUAUGAUAAGGCAAGAAGCUUUCCAGCGCUAGAGAGAAUUGAACGUUUUCCACAUGAAACAGAGCUAAACCUUUCAUUGUACAACACACAGUACUACAAAAACACAUCUGUAUUGCCAUAGUAUCACUCAUUGAGUUCAUUUAUUGAUAAAAAUAUCCACUCGGCCAGCUGCCCUAGCAGGUUCCGCAUAAUAGGUGCCUGGGUUAAGUAUGUAUGUGUGGGGCGGAGCUAAAACACGGGUGACACCAAAUUUGGGUAAGGUGCGUGUUUGCUUUGGUGAUUUCAAAUGUCAACAUUGGCAACAUUGUCAUGGAAGGGGGUUUAAGGUGCUGUUGUUUUUUGUCUGAGAUCUUGAAUCUAGCAAACACAAAACAAGAAUAUUGUACAGCACAGUGGUGUGUGGGCAACAGAGUAUCUCUAGGCCCAUGGUCGUCUGCCACUGCUUCAGAGAUCUCCUGAGAAUCAGAGCAGACAUGCAGGUAUGAUCUAUGAAAGAUUAUGUUUACUGCUUUAAGGGGCUGAAUCAAAAGCAUUUUUCAUUGGUGGAUCCAGGUAUGUAGUAAACGUGUGAAUAAACUAUGUAGACAACAAAUGAGAUGCCAACUUUUUGUCUAUUGAAGAAGCUAAAAGCAAACUACCCCCUGUCUAAGGUCCUUCAAGAUGUACACCAUUAUAGCAGAGAUUUGGUGACUCCGUCCUUUCUAUAUGUGGUACUCUAUGAUAAUACACUCCAGUUUUUUGCUGCUACACUUUUCUCCCUGUGAGUGUGUGUUGUCAUGAAUUUGCACGACCCAGCCCCACUAUGUUUGGCUUUGAUUGUACUGCUUUUUUUUUUUUUUAGA